UCUUAGAUAUACAUUCAGAAAGCGCAAACAAAUAAAAACGAAGAAGUAGUCUUGUGUUGGGUUACGACUGUUGUAUCACUUAAAAAUUCAGUGAAAUUCUCUUUCGGUGGAUUGUCUAUUUUAUUAUCAAGUUAUGUCUGGACAUUUUAUCAACGUUUAAGGUGUAAGUUUAACAGAUGUGGAUAUUUUACUUUGUAAUGUACUAACCUAUAUUUACUACUGUCUAUUGAAUAUUCGCUUGUGUUAUUCACACCAUCUUGAUAUUUAUAAAGAAUACAAUUUGACUGCUAUUUCUGUGCUGAACAACGACAAAAACAGCGCUAAUUUAUCGUCUUUUUCCGUUCCUUAACUGCAGUGAAAUUUUAAGUCCAAUUUUCAGAACAAUCCACCGUUUGUUGUUCCCCUGAUAUAUUUCCACACCUUCAAACACAUUCAGAUCAAUCAUGGACUACACAGAUGCACAACGUGUUGAAGGUAUUUUUUUUAAUGAGAAGGAUCCCAAUUCACAACCUAAAGAUGUUGAAAUGGUGUCUGUUGAGGAAUGUAGCGAAUCUGUAAAUACCAGAUAUGACAUGGAUCACAAAAAAGAGAAUCUGGCUUUAAUAAUAAAUAACGAAACCUUUGACGAAUCGACUGAAAUGUCUAAACGACAAGGAUCCGACAGAGAUGCAUCAGCAAUUAAAAAGGCUUUGGAGUCAUUGCAUUUUAAGGUGAUCGACCGCAGGAAUUUAUCAGUGAAAGCGAUGACGCAAAUCUUCACGGAUAUAUCCACGAUGGACCAUACGAAGCAUAACUGCUUCAUUUGUGUUUUAUUAACUCACGGCGAAGACGAUAACCAGGUUUAUGGCACUGAUAGAAAAGUAAAUCUUAACGAGUUAGUGCAGAUGUUGCUUCCUGAUAGAUGCCCAGGUUUAAUAGGUAAGCCAAAACUAUUCUUCAUACAAGCUUGUCGGGGAACAAAACUGGACAGAGGUGCAGUUAUGCACGAUGCCGAUGCUUUUGUAAGAGGGAAAUAUCAAAAUGUCACAUCUCACAAAGUACCACUUUGGGCAGACGUUCUUCUAGCUUAUUCCACUGUCCCUGGAUUUUACGCCUGGAGAAAUUCCACUAAUGGAUCGUGGUUUAUUCAAUCGUUGGCUCACAUUUUGGAAAAAGACGGAGACCAACUUGAACUGCAACGAUUAUUGCUUUUGGUAAAUCGCAAUGUUGCUUAUGAAUAUGAGUCUAAUUCCAGCCAUUCGUCUAUGAAUAAAAUGAAACAAGUUCCUUCCAUAGUGAGCAUGUUAACAAAAGAACUACACUUUUACAAGUAAAAUUUUCAUUUUUCAAUCGUUUUCCCCUCUCUCCUACAUGCUGUUGGUGAUCUUUUUCCUUCUCUGAAUUUUUCCGUUUUACUUUCUGACGAAAGUGUUACGCUUGAAACGUCAAAAGCCCUUUUUUUUUUUUUUUUUACCGAUCAUCAAAUACAUUUCCUGUGCUCGUCCGCAUGUUUGUUAUUGAUAUUUUUAUUGCUUGACUGUUUGAUUUGACUACGUCUGUGUGUGUCUGUCCUUGAAAUUUCUACUCCAUUUUCUAUUCUGUCAUGAGAACAUGUUAUUUCGUUUCAUUAUAAAAUUUUUUAUAUACUUUAAAUUUCUUUCAAAACUGUAUGACAGUGAGUAAUGUAUAUGGUCCUUUCUGAACUUGUUACCAUCCCCCUGUUGAGCAAUGAAGACUGGUUCUAAACAUGAAUAUACAAAGUUCAAGUACAACAGAAAAAAGUAGUACAGCGUAUCACACACCCGGAUCAGAGACUUACAUUCUGCGUUAUAAGAUUUACUAAGAAAAAUUCCUUUCCUAAUUUUUUUGCUCUUCACUAACAUUUUCGUUGAAAUAAUUAAAAUAUUGUAAAAGUGAUAACAUUAAUAAAUUGGUUUUAUUUCUUAAUAUUAAUGGCAAAACUAUUAUUUUCGUGUUUAAUUGAUAUCUAGUGGACUUAUAAUAAAAUACAUUGGAACCAUCAA